GCAGACUAGAAGAACCGAGCGUGCGUGCGCCUGCUGUGCGUGUUUUUUUUCUCUCGCGGGCUUUUCUGUUUGCGGCGCAACGCGGUUUGUUUCUCCUGACGACAGGAGCCUGCACACGUGUUCCCGAUUCCGUGUUCCUUCGCGUCAUUUAUUUUGUUGUUCGUGCUGUGAUCGAAAUCGUGGAAGUGCUUGAGUGGUGUUGAGGGGAGUGUUGGAAAGGUGAUACACAAACCGACGCCCCUUGCGGCGGUGUGCGAUCUUCGACGGUGUACCGUAGUCUUUCCCGGAGAACGACAUCGACGUCCCGUGGAUUUUAUACGACGAAAGUAAUGCCCAACGCGACGUAAAAGGUGGAAAACAAAGAUGACGUAUCGCCCACCGUGUUCAUCGACAACGCGCUUGGACCUCACCUCAACCGAGCUUGAGCUCCCGGAAUCCCGGCGCCAGGGCUGCGCCAGGCUAGGAUUCUGAUCGAACAUUUUGACGGCACACUACGCCAUAUCCCAGGGAUGGACGGAGAUCUGUCUGAUGAAUCCGAGAAUCUUGGCAACUUUCGCCGAUGGCGACCCUGCAAGAAGCGCCGGCGUAACUGCGGCCUGUCGCGGCCUGUGGCCUCUAGCAGCGGUGCUGGCACGGUCAUGAAGGCGGUCGCCAUGGAGACCGUUGAUGACACCGUGACCACGGAAGAUCAGCUGGUGCCGCUGCAGGUCUUUGUGCCGGACCUUGUCAUACAGAAAUGUUUCCACGUGCAGAAGGAUGAGCUGAUAUGGGACAUCAAGCAGCAUAUCAUCUCUUCGCUGCCUAAGGAGGUGAAGGAAGGAUUCAACUACGGUCUCUAUUGCCCUCCGGUGAACGGCAAAGCCGGCAAGUUUUUGGACGAAGAGCGGCCCAUCGCUGACUACCCUCUCUCAGACGCUGUUGCGUACCUUGAGUUACGCUACAAGCGGCGAGUCUACAAGAUGAUCAACGUGGAAGAGAAGCAAAUCAAGCAGCUGCACACGCGGGCCAAUUUGCGUCGGAUGCUGGAUCACGUGACCAACUCCAACGUCGACAAGAUCAGCAAGCUCUGCACUCGGGGCCUGGACCCGAACUUCCACUGCCCCGACACGGGAGAGACCCCGCUGACGCUGGCCGCGGGCCUGAAGAGUCCCAGCAAGGUGAUCAUCGCGCUCGUGAAUGGCGGGGCUUUACUAGACUACCGCACCAAGGACGGCAGGACAGCCCUGCAUCGUGCCGUCGAGAAGAACAACCUGGAGGCGCUCAAGACUCUCUUGGACCUGGGCGCGUCGCCCAACUACAAGGACGCCCGGGGAUUGACGCCGCUCUACUACACGGUGCUGUGGAACGCCGACCCGCAGCUCGCCGAGACGCUGCUGCACGACCACGCUAUGCUGGGGGUCGCCGAUCCGCAGGGCUGGCAAGAGGUGCACCAGGCGUGCAAGCACGGUCUGGUCCAGCACCUGGAGCAGCUUCUGUUCUACGGGGCGGACAUGAAUGCGCGCAACGCGAGCGGCAACACACCGCUGCACGUGUGCGCCGUCAACGACCGGGAGAGCUGCGCAAGGGUGCUGCUGUUCCGGGGGGCCGACCCGGCCGCCCUCAACUUCGCCAACCAGAACCCUUACCAGGUCGCCGUCAUCGCCGGUAACCUCGGCCUCGCCGAUGUCAUCAAGAAUCACAAGCCCGAAGACGUUGUGCCGUACCGCGAACCACCGACGUACAACCCUCGCCGGAGAGCCAGCAGCGCCGCCCUGAGUCGCACGCACAGCGACCCGAGGCUGGAGCUUGUGGUGCUGGGCGCCAAGCCACCGUCGCCGUGCCCGUCCAAUCGGUCGCUGCCCCCGUUCUCAUCGGCCGCGUCCACUGCGUCAGAGGCCUCGUCCAUGGCCUCGUCUUCGCACGCGAACGACUCCGAGGGCAGCUCGGGCACGGCGGCCUCCUCGGCCACCGACAAGAGUGCCACAAGUGAAUCAUCGGGUGUCUGUACGAGCAACAGCGCGCACAGCUGUGACUCCAGCACGGACAGUUCGGACACGCCCGACGUGAUUACGGCCGGAACGACGUGCGUCUGCGUCACAGAGUACCAGAGUCCACUCCAGGGCCACCUCUCCCUUAACUGCGGUGACAUUGUUCAAGUCACCGAGGUGAGUGACACGGGCAUGCUAGAAGGUCGGACGCGGGACGGCCGUCAAGGGAUGUUCCCCAGCGCCGCCGUGCAGGAGGUCAAGAUGAGGGGCAGUUCUUCGUCUCAGGGUCGGGUCAGAGGCCGCCGAGAGAUGCAGUCCACGUCCGGAGCUGCGACACUGCCACGGCGCUGGAGAAUGUAUGGAGAGCCACGAACAGUCGUAUUGCAAAGGAGCAAGAAGGGCUUCGGGUUUGUCCUCAGAGGAGCCAAAGCCACGAGUCCGCUGAUGGAGCAACGGCUGCCCACGGAAAACUGGCCGAGCUUACAGUAUUUGGAUGACGUGGACGUAGGUGGAGUCGCGGACCUUGCCGGCCUCAAGAGAGGGGACUUCUUGCUCGAGAUCAAUGGACAGGACGUCUCGCAAGCGACCCACGAGUGCGUGGUCAACAUUAUCCUGCAGCAGGGUGACCUGAUUGCCAUGACGGUGCUCACUGUUGCUGGCCCCGUUCCUCCAGGACUAGCGUUCUCCCAGGGAGGCUCUUCGUCCUCCGCACCUUCGUCCGCACCGGGCUCGGAGGCCGGCAGCGUGCCUGCGGCAGGCAGCAGCGUGACGCCCCCGAUGCUGCAGGCCAACGGCGCCAUUGCCGGCGCCUACCGGCAAUGCGCCACGUUACCGCGCAAGCUGUCAGCCAAAAAGGCCCCAGCCCCUCCCAAGAGGGACCCCAAGACGACACUCUCCGUGGGAAGGGCUAGGGCGAAGUCCAUGGUCGCAGGGCUCACUGACAUCGAAGUCCUGGACCGGACGCUGAACGAGUACGACUCAGAAGGCCGCUCUACCAAGAGUAGUUCAAUCGAAAGCAUCCCGAAACAGAACGGCACUUCUCCGACUGCGACGGCAGCAGCGACGGCGGGCACCGAAGGAACCAAAACGGCCUCGAUCCGCAGCCGACCCGUCCGCAUGACGGCCGCCGAACUCGAAGAGUUCCUCACGCGCCAGAGCGCCGAGCGCAAGCCGCGCGUGUUCGGCAGCGUCGCCGCGAUGAAGCGGGCCGCCCGCGGAGCGGGCCCUACCAUCCUCAAGGACUUCAACAGUGAACCCGAACUUAACGCAGCUGAGACGGACCUGGCCCGGCGAAGGAGCAGGAGUCAGGAAAACCUGGCCAUCUACGGGGAGUCCUGGAAGAAAAUGGAGGAGAUAUGGAAGAAGCCAACGACACGUAUAUACGCUGAGACAACGGCGAUGGCCGCUGCAAAGCAGCCGCUGCCAGCGCCCACUAGUCAGAGCUCGCGGAAACCACCGCCGAGUCACCCUCCUCCGCCGCCGCCAGUGGGCCAGGUGCUCAAAGUCGACGUGUCGAACGCGAUGGGCGAUUACGCCAACGUGGACGGUAUUCCGGACUCUAAGGUUAUGUCUAGCUUCAGGCCGGGAGACAGUGCCAAGCUGUACGCAUCUCCUGAGUCCCUGACGCACGUAGCCUACAAGACGAGCGCCGAGGCCCGCAGUGCAGGGCGUCCCGGCAGAACACCGGCACCACCGGGGUCCGGAACCCGCUCCCAGUCGCUACCGCCCCGGAUCCAGAACAGAGAAGCGUCGGAGACGCGCGAAACUGUAGUCUACUCCACGUUCAGAGUCGUACAGCCCACACCAGAGACGGGGACUGCGAGGGCAGCAGCCAAGGGCAAGAAAGUCAGAGGCCCCGCGUCCGUUCAAGAGGAACCGCCACCGCCUCCUGAGAAACCGCCGUACAUUCCCGAGCCCGACUACGACAGCACGGACGAAGAAGACGAGCAGAUCACCAGGAAGCUUAAGUCGGGAGACAUGGGUACGUUCAAGGCAUCGUCCGGAGGCUCAAGACGGGACGAGGCGCCACCGCCGCCUGAGAGAGCUCCUACGACGACCACUACUAUGACGACUGCAGUGCGUCACGAUUCAGAUCCGAAAGUGAUCGCAACCAAGAGUCACACGCUUGAGCCCCGCUCAUCCAGGGCCCAGGAAACGAUCAUUCACAUCAAGAGGGACCCACUCGAGUCCGAAAAGUUGGUUCUCGAGGUCUCCGCCGGCUCCGUGCGCGACAACAUCAGCGCAUUCGAGAAACGGAGCGCCGGCAGCAACACAGCGCCGAGGCCCACGAAGCACGCUGGGUCCAGGGACCACCAUCACCACCUUCAUGAUGAGCCGGAGAACAGUUCCAGCGGCGUGUCGUCAGAUGUCGAGGUGGAAAGACAGGAGCUGCGGUCGUACGAUCAGGCAGCCCUGUCGAAGCGACUCAGCGCAUACUACCUCCAACGACGGCAGUCCGCCGAGAACCUGGUCCCGAUAACGACAACCGCCGCAACCGCUGCGCCUGUGGUUCCGAACCUCGACACGCACCUGAACCAGAGGAACAUGAUUGGGAGGCAGCAGUCCAUGGCUGCAGUGGCGUCUUCUAUAGCGUCCAGCAACCAGGCCAUGAGAAGACCGCAGGCUGCCGACAACAAAGCAGUUUUAGGUGGCAUUCCCAAGAAGACGCUCAAGAUUCGGCUGGACCAGAAGGUUCACGCGACGAGGAAGACAGAAGGAGCACCGCGUGCGACUGACACAGCCACAGACGGCUCGAGCCUCAAACGCAGCAUCGACGAGAGCCUGGACUUUAUCAGGCUUCAAAUCGACUCGCUGGGUCUCUCAUCCGUCAACGAGGCGGACAUGCUCACAGAACUGGUUCCUCCGCCACCCGAGUUCUCGCACGGAGUGCGACCUCAACAGGCUGAGCCCAUCGCGCCGCCGCCGCCCGAGUUUUCCGACGAGUACCACCGCCGCUUCGACCACCACCACCAACAGGUGCCACCGCACCACCACCAGCCGCAGCAGCUACCGCAGCACCAGCCGCAGUCGCAGCAGCUGGCUCGCCACCAGGCCGCGCUGUACCACCAGCUGAACCAGCCGCAACAGCAGCAGCACCUGCCGGCAGCGUACUGCCGCUACAACGGCUCUCCGCAGCACCACCAUUCAGCCACGCUGCGGCCCACCAGUUCAGCGCAUCAUCAGCCGCGACCCACGGUGCACGAUGUCUACCGUCCCGGCUACGGGACCCUGGGCCGGCGCACGGAUCCUCAGGUACUCGUCGUCCCCAUCGAGCGGCAAGCGGGAGACUUGGCCCGUUUGAAGUCGGUCCAGCGGGAAUUCAGGCAGAAGCCCCUGGUCGAGUGGAGUGCCCGCGACGUGAGUGAUUGGCUGGAGUCCCUCUUCCUCCAGGAGUACAGGCCGCGAUUCGUCGAAGCCGGCAUCACCGGAGUGAAGCUGGCUAACAUGGACUCCAACGACUUUAUGGGGCUUGGGGUGAAACAGGUUGGCCACAGGGUCAACAUGGAGCGCUCGCUGAGGCGCUACAUGAAGUAGGCAUUCCUUCGUACCUGUCGAACACAAUUAGCUUGCCGGAAUGGCUCGUAGAUAACUUCAGGGUUGGAGCCGUUUGGUUUGUCAUUCGACUACGUUUUGGGUGUCAUGCGAAGUACAAGGAUCAGAUAAGUGGAUGGAAAGAGCACACUGUCAAGGGUUUCCAUAAUCAGCUUUUGAUCAGCUCUGUGGGGUGUGAUUUUAUGAUAGGUAAAUUGGGCAAGGUCACAUGAAUAGGUGCUCAUAAACUUUUAUUUUCCUUUACAAGACUUACCCAGCAUUCUCAAAGUCCUUGGUUUCAGACCGAGUGAUUGAAUUAGAAGGUCGUUACGAAGUAGUGGUGUUGUAUCAACGCCACCGUACAUGCUGUCACAUUGGCAUUGCAUCCUUGUACUUCGCCAGCACUCUGUAUAGGGAAUUGAUUGCUUUUUAACCCAUUAACAUCGCCACGCAGGAAUGGCUUAUUGUGUUACAAACACCGCAAGCUGAAUCAUACCCGCAGAGGGUGUUGCUGGGGUGGCAACUACAAACGUUCAGCGGUGCUUAGAUGUGCCGAACUAGAAUUUGCUCUUUGAGGGCUUAUGAAAGCGUUCCCUGCCAAUGACGCGACUCAAGCGACUAAUUUAUUUUCCCCUGUGGGCUUGUACAGUUGCCUGCAAUACAAAGCGGAACGGAUAGGGCACAGCACUCCGAACUCCGCAGAGUGCUUUCCUUUGAUGCGUCUGGUUGCAAGCACAUUUCCCCUUCAAUUCAGUGAUGAUGGAAGAGCAAGUUCAAUACCUGCCCUUGUUCCUAUUUAUAUUGCGGCCAACUGAAUGCGAGGUAGUAGUCCGUAUACCUGGCACCAGUGCCGUAGUUUUGUAAAUAUGAUGUAAGCUUUAUCAUAAUAUUUGCUUCUGUCUGGCGUUGCUGAAUGACUUUCGUUUCGCUUACAUGUAAAAUGAGUUUCUUUGUGGUGUGCCAAUCUGUUUCACGAUUUUAUCUUGGAGUAAUUUAUCUCUAAUAUAUUACCUUUAUUGUUCCUGUGUAACAAAGUGUGAUAUAGUGUCCGAAGUUGUUGCCAUGUCGUACCCGUGCGGUGAUAGUCGCAACGAUGUCAAUAUAAUAAGUACAAUUGACCAGACUUUAGUUUCGUUACUACGUAAGGAUAUACCGUAGUAAACAUGAAAUGCCAAAAAA